AUGGCCAGUACACGUGAUUCUCACUCCUAUGCUUGUGAUGAAUGUCGGCUCCGGAAGUCCAAGUGCUCGAAAGAGAAGCCGACAUGCGCACAAUGCAAGCAGUUGAACAAAGAAUGCAAUUACAGUCCUAAGGUCACCAGAAGCCCUCUAACACGACAACACCUGACCUACGUAGAGGAGCGCUUACAGGCCUUCGAAACAGCGCUAUCAAGGCUGUUCCCAGGCGGCGAUCUGGAUGCCACCGUCCGCUCUCUUUUGCACGAUCAGGAGGGUCCACCAAAACCUGGCUCCUCGAAGUCCUCGUCCCGGCAUUCCACACCUGCAAAAGCUGAGCCGGAUCGGGCCGAACCAGCCCCGGAAGCGCUGCCGCAGCAGGCUGAUGGAUUUGACUGGGCGGAGAACAAAAUUACAGUUGGCGACCUGACAGAUGGCAUGGCAGCCCUGUCCAUUAAGCCAGAAGGAGCUGGCUACUUCGGCGCAUCUUCCAGCGUUGUGCCGCUUCGAGCGUUGUUGAAGCAUGGUUUUGACCUGAACAUCCCUGCCAGAUCCUCAAAAUCAAGUUAUGGCAUGGAAAGAGUGCCUUUGAAGGCUCAACUACUCAGCACCGCGCCCUCUGGUCUCGUCGAACAAGCUUUCAUGGAUGCAUUCUUCCUCAACUACCAUACCAGCUACCCUUUCGUCCACGAGGGCACUUUCCGAGCGCAGUUCUACGAGCAAGUUCCGCGGCCACAUGGUCAGGCAUGGCAGAUCCUAUUGAACACGAUCUUGGCUUUGGGGGCGUGGAGUAUCGGUGACGACAAUUCUGACCUGGAUAUUACAUUCUAUCAAGAGGCGAGAGGUCAUUUACAGCAGGUGUCUGUGUUUGAAACCGGAAACCUCACUCUUGUUCAGGCAUUACUGCUUCUGAGCAACUAUGCCCAGAAACGGAACAAGCCUAAUACCGGAUGGAACUUUCUCGGUUUGGCGGUUAGGAUGGCCAUGAGCUUGGGCCUCCAUAAAGAAUUUCCUGGUUGGAAGAUCAGCCUUCUCCAGCGCGAGGUUAGGCGGCGCCUGUGGUGGGGAGUAUACAUCUUCGAUAGCGGUGCGGCCAAGACUUUCGGCCGGCCUAUUCUCUUGCCUGAAGACGAUGUCAUGGACGCAAAACAUGUACUCAAUAUCCACGAUGAGGCUCUUACGCCCCUCACUACCGCUCUACCCCAUGAAGUCAACGAACCAACCCUCUAUUCCGGUUUAAUAGCCCAGGCUAGGUUUCAUCUCCUUACCAACAGUGUGUAUCAGCGUCUCAUCUCAGGCCCGAGUUUAACGCCAGAGGAAACGCUCGGUCUCCAAAGACCAAUGGAAGAAUGGUACAAUGGCCUUCCUGAUUACUUCAAGCAACCACUCACACCGAUAUCGGAUGCAUUCGCUCUUGUCCGCAAUCGGUUGAUGUGGCGCGACUGGAACUUGAGGAUUCUUCUAUACCGUCCCAUUCUUCUUCGUUGGGCAUCGCGUCGAUGGACACCAAACUCGGCCCCCGAACCUGAGGAUCCGCUCGAGGCAGAUUGCAGGAGGCUUUGUCUUCGGAAUGCGCGAUUGACAAUAUCAUCGAUCGCAGAUUUUGUAAACAACCACGUCUGCACAAGGAUUGGUGCAUGGUACAUGCUAUACUUCCUGUUUCAAGCUGGUGUCAUCCCGAUCAUCUUGCUUAUGACCGACCCGACAAGUACGGAAGCCCCUAGCUGGCUCCAGGAGAUCGAAUCCACGAAGAAGCUCCUGGUACACCCUUCUCUUAGCAACAACCGCCUUGCGACUCGUUGUCUGGAAGUUGUCAAUCGACUCUGUUCGCCUGCAUACACGAGUGCCGCCCACGAUAAGACUGCGGGACAGACAGCACCCAUAUUAAUGCCCUUUUCCGAUCAGCUCUUCAACGAUCCAACCUUUGGUAGCAUGUUUCCGGACGUGGACCAGGAGCUGAAUCUUGCUGGCAUGGACUUCUCGGAAUGGGUAAACUUCCCUCCACAAAACGAGUUUGUCUGA